AUGGCGAAGAAGUCUUCCAUGGGUCGCCAGAAGAUCGCCAUCUCAAAAAUACAGAAGAAAAAUCACCUGCAAGUUACCUUCUCUAAACGUCGAGCUGGGGUCUUCAAAAAGGCCAGUGAGCUCAGCACACUUUGCGGCGUUGAAAUUGCCAUAAUAGUCUUUUCCCCGGCCAACAAAGCCUUCUCCUUCGGCCACCCGAAUGUCGACUCCGUUGUCGAUAGAUUUCUUGCUCGCGAUCCGCCUUCCAAUACCGGCGUUGAAUGGGUCAUGGAAGCUCAUCGAAACGCUAACAUUCGUGAGCUCAACAAGGAACUGAUACAGGUUCUUGAUGAACUAGAAGUUGAGAAGAAGAGGGGAGAGCUUCUUGAUGAUAUCAGGAAAGCAAGCCGGAGACUAUGUUGGUGGGAAGCCCCGAUUGAGGAACUGGAGCUGCAUGAGCUUGAGCGACUGAGAAUAGCCAUGGUAGAGCUGAAGAAGAAAGUUGCAAAUGAAGUUAACAGGAUUUUGGUUGAGUCCAAAAAUCCUUCUCCACUGGAUACAUUUAGGGGCCUCGCAUCAAAUCCAUGCCUUCUCUCGAACAAGCCGGUUUCUAAUUAG